ACAAGCAGGCAGUCAAUCAAUUAUCUUCUAGUACUACUGUGUUUUUCUCGACCCGACUCUUUCACUUCUUCUUCUUCUUCCUUUUUUUACAAAUAGAAGGGAAAAGCAAAGAUCUCUCUUUUCUUUCUUAAUUUUCUUCUUGUGGUCUCAAACCAGAAAUCCCAACAAAAUCAAAUCAAGCGUGUUUCCAGAAAAUUAUUAGGGCGUCAAAGGGUCAGUGAUUGGAGCUUCGGAGAGCAAUUCGAUCUAUGAUGGAAAUCUUCUAGGCGCUGAAAUGCUUUAAGUGAUUGCUGAGGCAUAUCUUCUUUUAAUUGUUCCUUCCUGGCUGAAAAUGUCAUAUGAAGAAAUUCUGAAGGUUGUUUUCCCUUUAUUGGAGGGUGCAGACCUUGCUUCUUGCAUGGCAGUGUGCAAACAGUGGAGAGAUAUGGCCCAAGAUGAUUACUUUUGGAAAUGUGUCUGUGCCAAGAAAUGGCCUUCCAUUUGCAAGAGGCCAGAUCCUCCAACUGUCACGUACUACAAACUAUACCAGACCUUUUACAAGCGACAGCAUCAACAAAUCCUGCUUCCCCCAAGACUUUCCUUUGACAAUUUGGAAUUCUUCAUCGACAUUUGGACUGAUGAUAAAUUGAUAUUUUCUGAAGUGGUCCCAGGCCCUGUUCUGCACACUGGAAUCAAAAGCCCACCUCCUGGAAUUUGUGAUAGGCUUAGAUUUCAGCUUGAAGGCCCUGAUUGUAAGAUGACUCUACCUGUUGAGCCGAGAUUCAAAGUCCCUUUAGGCGAGACUGUAAGUGUUUCAGUGCUUGUGGGGCGGAAGGAUUCCAAUAGGGUUGCUUGCAUAAUCAGUAAAUCUGUCUUUGAUUAUAUAGAUCGGACAUCCUAUAGGGCCAUGGCAUUUGACUAUCUUGGCCUCUCACCAGCCCACCCUUUUGUUCCAGGAAUCCGGGCUUGGAUUUCUUUGCUAUUCAUGGAUGAUAGAAAUGACAGUGUCAUUGAUGUCUUUGGGAUUGAAAUGGAUUUUUGUGAUGCUGCAAAAUCCAGGGACGAGGUUUUGUGGCUGCUUGACAUACUUGAUUGGAAGUGAAGGGUUCAUAAGCCGAGCGAUGAGAAGAACUGAGCUCAUUGAGAACGUUUCAAACAGAGUUCCUAGCCUUCAGUACCAGUAUGGCUCGUUUUAUAUCAUUUUAUUUAAUGUUUAAAUUCGUAAACACUGUUCAUUGGUUGUCGACUUGUGUCAAUUAAUAUGAAAAUCUUUGUGAUGAAUUCCUAAAUUUUCUGUGGCAAUCUAUUCACUCAUUUGGAAUGGGAGCGUCUGUACAGAGUCCUCUACGUAUCUCAAUCCAAUCUAAGCAUUAAGUAAUUCAUGAAUAACAUGGUGUUUUUAUCCUU